AUCUUCUUCCAUUUCAAUUGGACUUCACUUCUUUCGCUCAUUUCUUCACUCUCACACACUUUCUCCCUCAAAUCCCAAAACCAAAAUCCUCCCUCACGAAAUGGCCACAACAACGCUAUCUACUCUCAUCCUUCGCUCCCCCUCUUAUCCUACGCAUUCCUCCGCCAGGCCCUCCCUCCAAUUCCCCCUCUCCGCUCCCAACCUCUUCCACCGCGCCACCCCUCGCCGCCAUAUCGUCGCCGCCGUCGCCGCCCCCGAGAAAAUCUCAAAGCUCGGCGAUGAAAUCUCCAGCCUCACCCUCGAGGAGGCCAAGUCCCUCGUCGACUUUCUCCAGGACAAGCUCGGUGUCUCCGCUGCCGCGUUCGCCCCCGCCGCUGUUGCCGCUUCCCCUGCGGCCGCCGAUGCCGCUCCGGCCGUUGUUGAGGAGAAGACGGAGUUUGACGUAGUGAUCGAGGAAGUGCCGAGCAAUGCGAGAAUCGCGGUGAUUAAGGCAGUUAGAGCGUUGACGAACCUGGCGCUGAAGGAGGCGAAGGAAUUGAUCGAAGGCUUGCCGAAGAAGUUCAAAGAAGGAGUUUCCAAAGACGAAGCUGACGAUGCAAAAAAGCAACUUGAAGAAGCCGGUGCCAAGAUUGCCAUUGUUUAGCCAUAGCAGCGUAAUCGUCGUUUGUUUCUUUGUUUGAUUUAGUUGAAUAUAGUGUAAUUUUAUUUGAUUUUGUUUUGUUUUUCCAUGACUCGAUUUGAAUUUAAGUUGUAAUGAGAAAAAGAGGUGCUUUUAUUUUUUAUGCGUUCGAGGUGUUUGUUGAAAUGGGGGUGAAUGGUUUUGGGCGAGUGUUGGUUUGGAAUGGGAAAUUGAAAAUGUUACGCACUACGCAUCUCUUAGAAUCGCUUGAUAAAUUUUUCUUACUUUCGUUUAGUAAGCUUACAUUUUU